AUGACUUUUACUUGCCCCUCCAACCUCUACGAGUCCGUCUACACCAGCACCAAGCAGUGCCGCGAGCGCAGCGACAUCAGGAUUGACCAAAACGCAAUUGUCGGCUUCCUCGACAAACUCACGCAAGAAUCCUGGGACAAGCACUCGGUCGCCAAUGGAAUGUCUUUCCCUCUCAAGUUCGACUCAUUGGAGCAAGAAGUCAACAUCCUCUCUUUGAUCGAUAUCCUCAACACUGGACACGGAUUCCGCAAGGAACUUCACGAGGAUUCGGAUCGUGGCGCCUUUGAGACCAUAGUCUUUGGCAUCAUGUCCUUCCACAUUUCGUCCUCGGCCACCACUGCCGACGCGCUCUCAAGGCUGACAGGAUGGGAGGUCGGAUCACAUUUCGGAAUUACGAUGCAGAAGGAUGUUCCCUCAGAGUUGGCCCAUGUCACCAUGUCCAAGCCCUCGAUCGCAUCCAAGCUUGCAGGACAACUUCAGGGAGUCCUGAACGAGACUGGACGUGUUUUGAAGGAGAAGAAGUUUGAGACCCUGGGCGCGUUUGUGAUCGAUGCCGCCAAGAGGGCCAACGGAUCGGGCGAGAAGUUUGCAGAGAUCUUGAUCAACACCUUCCCAGCAUUCCAGGAUUGUGCAGAGAUUGAUGGCGAGAAGGUUUAUAUUUUCAAGAAGGCGUUCUUGUUGGCCUCGAGCCUUGAGCGUCGCUUUGGAGCCACGGAGCCGAUCUUUGCGUUCAAGGGAUUGGAGAAGAGCCCCAUCUUUGCCGAUAAUGUGAUUCCUACGAUGAUGGUUCACUUUGGGAUCUUGGUAUUACCCGAGUCGUUGAAGCAUACUGUUCAGGAGGAUGGAGUGACGACGGUCGAGGAGUCGUACCGUCUCCGUGCGGCUGCAGUAGAUGGUUGUCGCGAGAUUGUGGAGAAGGCCAAUCUGAAGGGUGAGGAUAAGAUUGGUAAGGUUGAGUUUGGGGAGAAGGGCAUGUCGUCGUGUGAUUUGGAUGUCUAUCUCUGGAGAGUCGCCAAGGAGCCUCAGUACCGCAAGAUCCCCCGCUUCCACUGCAAGGAAACCAUCUUCUUCUGA